AUGAUUCCAAAAACAGGAGAGGGUGCCAGCUCAGACAGAGAGAGACCGUUCCUCUGCUCCCAGUGUGGUAAGAGGUUCACUGCACCAAGCAGCCUGAAGACUCACAUGCAGAGACACAGCGGAGAGAAACCCCACCAGUGCUCCGUCUGUGGGAAGCGCUUCCUACGAUCCACAGACCUGAAGAGACACCAGAUGAUCCACAAAGCAGUCACCUCAGACAGACCGUACCACUGUUCUGAAUGUGGAAAGACGUUCACCUCGCCGACCAGCCUGAGGAUCCACGUGAAGAUCCACAGCGAAGACAAACCACACCGGUGUUCCAUCUGCGGGAAGCGUUUCCUGUGGCUAUGUGUUCUGAAGAGACACCAGGUGGUGCACAAAGGAGAGAGCGCCAACUCUGACAGCUCAGGGGAUCCCGAACAAGGGCAGAAGCCAUACCCGAACCCUGAAAGACUGUACCUCUGCUCAGAGUGUGGCAAGAGGUUCACCACAGCGCCUUUACUGAAGUCUCACAUGAAGAAGCACAGUGGAGAGACACACCACCAGUGCUCUGUCUGCGGGAAGUGUUUCCUGCUGUCCCAGGACCUCAAGAGACACCAGGAGAUCCACAAAGGGGGCAACAACUCUGACGCAGACAGCCCAGGGGAACGAGAUCCGGAGAGACCGUUCCCCUGCUCUGUGUGUGGGAAGAGGUUCACCGCAGCCUUCAGACUUAAGGCACACAUGAAGAUCCACAGCGGAGAGAAACCCCACCAGUGCUCCGUCUGUGGCAAGGCCUUCCUUCGACCCUACGACCUUAAAAGACACCUGGUGACCCACAAAGGUGAGAGGAACACCAGGUUGGAGUUGUGCUUUCCUCAUCAUUCUCCUCCUGCGUUAAACCCUUCUAAUGUUGUCAUUGAAACAGGAGAGGGCACCAGCUCUGACCCUGACAGCCCAGGGGACCCUGACCAGGAGCUGAAGCCGUAUUUCUGCUCCCAGUGCGGUAAGAGGUUCACUGCAGCCAGCAGCCUGAAGACGCACACAAUGACGCACAGCGGAAAGAAACCCCACCAGUGCUCCGUCUGCGGGAAGUGUUUCCUGCGAUACCAGGACCUGAAGAGACACCAGGUGAUCCACAAAGGAGAGGGCGCCAGCACAGAGAAACCCCACCAGUGCUCUGUCUGCGAGGAGAGUUUCUUGAAGCUCGACGACUUGAACAUUCAUGUGACGAUCCACACAGGAGAGAAGACCAAGCACAUCUGCCAACCAUGUGGGAAGACCUUCACUCUGCUGCAGGACCUAAAGACUCACCAGCGCACCCAUACAGGAGAGAAACCGUACCACUGCUCCAAGUGCCCAGAGAGCUUUGCCAACCUGUUGGAGUACAGGGAGCACAAGCAGACACACAACAACAAGAAACCGUACCUCUGUGACCAAUGCGGCCAGACGUUCACCCACUUCUACACCCUGAAGACCCACCGGUCGAUCCACACAGGGGAGAACCUCCUCCACUGCUCCUACUGCGGGAGGGGCUUUACUCAGAAAACGUCCUUGGCGACCCACAUACUGAUCCACACCCAGGAAAAACCUCACCGGUGUUCUGUGUGUAGCCAAUGUUUUGCCCGAAGCGAAAGCCUGAAGAAACACAAGAGGAUACACAUGGAAGAGGUCCGCCACCACAUGUGCGAGUGCGGGAAGACUUUCCCGGACAUGAAAAGGCUGGAGGUGCACGCGAGAAUGCACUACAAGAGCCUGGAAAAGAAGUACUGCUGCUCGUACUGCGGGAGAAUGUUCCUACGAGAUGGGGAUCUAAAGAGUCACCAGAGAACACACACCGGAGAGAAACCCUUCGUCUGCGCCAUAUGCGGGAAAAGUUUCGCCCAGUCGGGGAACUUGAGAGUGCAUCAGAUCAAGCACACUAAAGAGAGACCGUACACUUGUACUGUCUGUGAUAAGGGGUUCACCACCUCUGGGAGUCUGAAGGUGCACAUGAGGAGGUUUCAUACAGGGGAGAAGCCGUACGUCUGUAGCCUGUGUGGGAAAGGGUUCAUUGUACCCAAAGCACUAAAGACACACCAACAGAAACAUAUGAAAGAGACGACCGUCUAGUUUGACGGGAGAAAAGACUGUCUGUCUGUGAUUCCUCGCUCCUCUCAACUGUAAUAGAGGAGAAGUUCCAAGGUCCCUCUCUGACUUUAUUCUCCAUUGCAUUUUGAGGAGGAGGCUAAGAGAAAGAAUGUGAGGAAUCGGGGAAUGAUGAAUUGAGAAACAGUCGAGGCCUGCUGGUGGUUUUACCUGCUGCUCCCAUUGAGGACAUGUUUUUUUCAAAAUAAAAGUCCCCAACAUGCAUCCAUGUAAUUGUACUCUAAAUGUGCCAGUAGACAUCACUCACCAUGACAGAAUAGCUAGUGGUUAGUUUAGUGAUACUCUACAGAAACUGAGGUUGUAUCACUAACCGCUAUCACUAAACUAACCACUAGCUAUUCAGUCUGUAAGAUACAACCUCAAUAAAGUUUCUGUAGAGAAUCUUAAUGUCAGAUAUGAAUUGACAGGAUGAUAUGAUUAUGUAUGGCAGGAUAUGACACAAUAUGCAUUAUGACAAUAAUAAAUCCAAACCUGACAUGAUGUCUCCACUCACCAUGGCUGGCACCUAUUGACAUGUCUCCACUCACCAUGGCUGGCACCUAUUGACAUGAAGUCUCCACUCACCAUGGCUGGCACCUAUUGACAUGAAGUCUCCACUCACCAUGGCUGGCACCUAUUGACAUGAUGUCUCCACUCACCAUGGCUGGCACCUAUUGACAUGAUGUCUCCACUCACCAUGGCUGGCACCUAUUGACAUGAAGUCUCCACUCACCAUGGCUGGCACCUAUUGACAUGUCUCC